AUGGCAUGGCAUGGCCGCUCAUCGGCCUCCGGGGCGGAUGUAGGCUCCUGUUCAUCCUCUGCGUCGUCCUCCCACGCGCGUGCGCUUGGACUCAGGGGCUUGGGGGAGGGGGGGGAAGAGAGAGGACGUGUUGCAGAGCUGGCUAACUCCCGUAUCACCCGACCAAGAGCUUCACCAGGGUCUGAAAUUGGAACCGAACUGCUCUAUGCCGAGAACGAAACCAGUCAUAUCAGCCACAAACCCCUCUCUCCUGCUGAUCAGACCUGCUACUGUUACUGCAUCGUAACCAGGAGCCAAACAUUUGCGUAUCCUGUUGUCGCAUUGAACCACGGUAUGGCCUUGGAUAUCUCUUUUUCCAGCCACCGACAGAUUACCAGAGUCUUCGACUCAAUGCUACUCUGCGCCGGAAUGACAUACACCCGAUCUGCGACCCCUGCACAGCUGUCGGCAAUUGAUGACACACAUGAACAAGCCUGUGUCCCCCUCGCGGCUUCGUUGUCGAAGCUGGUGAAGAGCAAGCACAAAGUGAAUGUUGACGAUGUGAUGAUUUCUUGCCUUCUUAUGGAGACUUUCCCGCCAAUUUUCGAUCUUGCACAUGAACAGAUAAAACACUGGUUAUCAGAGUGA